AAUGGAUUUAGAUUGAAGCGAACGUUCAAAGCGCGCAGAACUCAGAUCAGCAAAAACGCAAACACUAAAACAAAGACUAAGACCAAUUUGAGUUGAGUUAAACGGGAGAAGAAGAGUCAGUGACAAGUGCAAUCCACAACCAAACCAAACAACCACAAAUAAAAAUGAGUACCAACAGAAUGGCCCACCUGCUGGGAUGGGGACUAGUGAUCUUUCUGCUCGUGUGGGAACCCACUCCCGCGGACAGCUAUGCCCUGGGGCACUCGAAGUUCGGCCGGAUCGAGAAGUUCCCCUACCAGGUGAUGCUCAUCGGCAAGCAGCUGUGGCGCAAACGGAUCCUGUGCGGCGGCACACUGUUGGAUCGCCGCUGGAUCCUAACGGCCGGCCACUGCACCAUGGGAGUGACCCACUUCGACGUGUAUUUGGGCACCAAGAGCGUGGAGGAGACGCAGCAGUCGGGCGGACUGGUGCUGCGGUCCAACAAGUUCAUCGUCCACGAGCGAUUCAGCCCGGAGACGGCGGCCAAUGACAUUGCGCUGGUGAAGCUGCCGCAGGACAUUGGCUUCACGUCGCGCAUUCAGCCCGCCUCGCUGCCCAGCCGAUUCCGGCAGGAUCAGUUCGCCGGCAUGAGCGUGGUGGCCAGCGGAUGGGGCGCCAUGGUGGAGAUGACCAACUCGGACUCGAUGCAGUACACCGAGCUGAAGGUGAUCUCGAAUGCGGAGUGUGCCCAGGAGUACGACGUGGUCAGCGCCGGGGUGCUCUGUGCCAAGGGCCUGCAGGACGAGACCGUCUGCACCGGCGACUCUGGGGGUCCUUUGGUGCUCAAGGACACCCAGAUGGUGGUGGGCAUCACCAGCUUCGGACCCGCCGACGGCUGUGAGACCAACAUUCCCGGCGGUUUCACCCGGGUAACCUACUACCUGGACUGGAUCGAGAGCAAGAUUGGGGGCCACGGACAGCCAGCACACCGGCAGUAUCUGCGACCCCAGCAGCACCACUACAGUGAUAACAAUCUCAUUUGAGAUGGGUCUGCCUGCAGCUCGUCCGCCAUCCGACUGAAUCUUUAUAGCUUUACCCAAUCUUGUGAUACCAACUCUCAUUGAAAUCUGUACAUUGUUUUUAGCCCUAACUUAUUUAAACAUCUAUAUUUAUUUUAGUUGUAAGAGUGACAAAGGCCAGGUGAAAAAAAAAAAAAAAAUAAAAACCAGCCGAAACAAAAAGAAAGCAACAAAUGAUGCAAAAAUAUAAAGAAAUUUUGUAUAUGACAGAAAUAAAAGAAACAAAAACAAAAACAAAAACAAAAACAAUAAUAGCAAGAAA